ACUUCAAUAAUGUCAUCAGUUCUUCUCCUAUUCAGCAUUCAUAUAUUGUUGGUUCAGAAGGGCUCUUCUGCAACACCAACAUGCCAAACCACAUGUGGCACAAUGCCAAUAAGAUACCCUUUUGGCACUGCCUAUGGUUGUGGCCACCCUGCAUUCUCUAAGCACAUGAAAUGCAACCUUGGAACUCUUGAAUACUACUCAUCAACAAGAACCACCAGCAGCAAUAAUAAUGCCUACACAGUUUCCUCAAUAGACUAUGCAAGCAGCACAGUUAUAAUCAUAGACCCUUUGAUGUCAAAUUGCACUGAGAUGCAAAACUCUGGUAGCUUUACCUUAGGUGAUGACACACCAUUCACAUUGGCCAAGGAGAACAUCUUUGUCCUCCUUGGCUGCUCCACCACCUCUCCCAUGUUCGAUUCGAGGGAAGACUUCUGCGACACAGGAUCCGGCUCCCGGGUUUGUAGAGGGAUGUAUUCAUGCAGAGGAGUGACAGGGAUUGGGCUGCCACAGAAUGCACCAAUAUCAACAUGUUGUGUAUAUGACUACCCUACUGGAAUUGGGUUGGGAUACAGUUUGGACCUUCCAAAGCUUCAAUGCUCUUCUUAUGCUUCUGUUUAUGAGUUUGGAGAUGAAGGGGACCCCAUGAAGUGGAAGUUUGGGGUAUCAUUGAAUUAUAAUGAUUCUUAUAAUUAUAGUGAUGCCUGUAAAGAUUGUGAAGCAAGUGGAGGCUUUUGUGGGUUUGCUAGUUUGGAUGAAUCAUUCUCUUGUGUUUGCAACAAUGGUGUUAACACCACCACCAAUUGUUUUGGACAAGGAAAUGCUUUAAGUGGGACAAUGGGACUGAAAAUUCAAACCAUGUUGACUAUUGGAGGACUUGUAAUGUCUUGGAUGUUUUUACUCCUCCAAUGCAGAUAGUGACAAAACAAAUAAAGGGCUAAGGAAUGAAGAAGAAACAUGUCUUACCAUUUUAAUUAGUGCUUCAUUUUGUUUAUUUGACUCUAAAGCACAGAUAGGGCCAAAUAUAUGUAAUUUAUAUCAAAUUGAAAU